AUGAAAAUGCUUGAGCGUCCUUGGUCAAUCACUUUCACCGAGCAAGAUCUUCAACGCGUCCAAACACCCCAUAGUGACGCUCUGGUGAUCACUGUGCAAAUCUCAACUCACUCCGUCAAAAGGGUGCUUAUUGAUCAAGGAAGCUCGGCAGAAGUAAUGUACUUAUCUCUCUUCAAGGAGCUCAAAAUCCCAAAGUCGUGCCUUCUCCCAGCAGAAGUACCUUUGAUUGGAUUCAGCGGCACUCCAAUUUGGCCUCUCGGAAGGAUUACCCUCCCCGUUGUUACGGGCUCGGUUGCUUCUAAUCUAGACGUAGGUUUGCCCCAAGCCGAGAGUGAAGAAACCUUGCAGUUCCUGAAGAGCAACAUUGAAGUUUUUGCUUGGACGCCGUACGAUAUGCCAGGCAUCGACCCGAAGCUCAUCCAGCACUCACUCAACGUUUCAAAAUCAGCAAGGCCUGUGAUUCAAAAGCCUCGGCGGUCGGCCACAAUUCAUGCCGAAGCAGUAAACGAAGAAGUGGACAAACUCCUCGAGGCUGGUGCCAUUAAAGAAGUGCAAUACCCCACUUGGCUCGCAAACCCUGUGGUGAUUGAUCAAUUGGUAGAUGCAACAGCGGGUCACGCUCGGCUGAGUUUCUUGGAUGCCUAUAGAGGUUACCACCAGAUAGCCAUGGACCCCAACGACAUGGAGAAGACGACAUUCAUCACCCCCAGGGGCCUCUUCUGCUACCUUGUUAUGCCGUUCGGUCUUAAGAAUGCGGGGGCCACAUUUCAAAGAAUGGUAUACCUAUUGUUCGGACUGCUCAUCGGCAAGAUCAUGGAAGCCUAUAUUGACGAUAUGGUCGUCAAAAGUAUCAAAGCCGAGAACCACCUCUCUCAUCUUGCCGAGGUCUUUGCAAUACUCAAAAAGUACAAGCUACGGCUAAAUGCCGACAAAUGCGCCUUCGGAGUUAGUUCCGGGAAGUUCCUCGGUUUUCUGGUCACUCGGCGCGGAAUAGAAGCAGAUUCGAACCAGAUCUCAGCUAUUCAGCAGUUAAAACCACCUUCAACUCCUCGGGAAAUUCAGAAGCUAACAGGGAUGGCAGCGGCCCUCAAUAGGUUUAUUAGCCGCUCAUCAGAUAAAUGCCACGUCUUCUUCCAAACUCUUAAAAAGCAAAGCCGACGAAGUUUCAAGUGGACGGAAGAUUGCGACGCAGCCCUAACCGAGCUGAAGUCUUAUCUUUGUUCGGCCCCUCUUCUCGUCAAACCAAAAGCUUUUGAAACUCUCCAUCUCUACUUAGCUGUCUCUCCACAUGCUGAGCACCCCAUCAUAGUUCUCACGGCGUUUCCACUUAAAAAUCUCUUGAGGAAGGCCGACCUAUCAAGUAGAGUAUCUCAGUGGGCGGUCGAAUUAGCAAAUUUUGAUAUCCACUUUGAGCCUCGAACAACAAUCAAGGCCCAAGUAUUGGCAAACUUCAUUGCUGAAUUCACCCCCGGAAGCCCGGACGAAGAAGCAUUGGUUAAGCCUAAUUAUGGCAUGCUAGAACAACAAGAGGCUCGGACAACGUGGAACUUAUUCAGUGGAGACGUCUGGAAGUUACACGUUAAUGGGGCAUCAAACAGCAAUGGCGCGGGUGCAGGGGUUGUCCAUCUGAUCGUCAAUCAAGGAUUCCACAUCGAACAGAUCAACAGAGAGAAAAACGCUCAUGCCGACGCUCUUGCAAGUUUGGCCUCGGUAAGCAAAGCAUCCGAAUAUAGACACAUCAGCCUCGGCGAGAUCCACCAGCCAAGCUUUGAAGUCUCGGAAGAAGUGUUCAGCAUUUCCCUCGGCCCUAGUUGGAUGGAUGAAAUUGUCUCGUUCCUCAAAGAUGAUACGCUACCCUCUGACAAAAAGGAGGCCCACCGUGUACGCAGCAAAGCAGCCUACUAUUGGAUCUCUGAGCACGGCCAACUCUACAGGAAAAGCUUCACAGGGCCAUAUCUUCGAGUUGUUCACCCAACCGAGGUCCCAAUUAUUUUGACCGAACUUCACUCUGGAAGCUGUGAUUGUCACUCCGGCGGGCGUUCCCUCUGUCAAAGAGCUCUCAGUCAAGGAUACUUCUGGAAAGGAAUGAAGAAGGAUUAUUACUUUUCAAAAUGGGUGAAAGUCGAGCCAUUAGUCACAACCACUGAAGCAGACGUUCGGCGAUUCGUUUGGAGGAACAUCGUCACGAGGUUCGGCGUGCCUUAUGCAAUUGUUUCGGAUAAUGGCUCCCAAUUCGUCGGCAAAGAGUUAACUGGACUCUGUGCUGAAUUCGGAAUUAGAUUCUUCAAUUCAACCCCAUCCUACCCCCAAGGCAACGGUCAGGCAGAAACAACAAACAAAACAAUCUGCGCUGGUAUCAAGCGUCGGCUAGAUUCCAAACAAGGAAAAUGGGCCGAAGAACUGCCUCGGGUCCUCUGGGCCUACCGCUCCACUCCAAGACGCUCCACCGGCCAAACUCCUUUUGCAAUGGCUUUCGUCAUGGAAGCUGUCAUCCCACUCGAAUCCAAGUUCCCAACCCUGCGCAUUAAAACUUUUGAUCCAGAAACCAACAAUGAUGCAGUCGCUACCGAGCUUAUGUUGGCCGAAGAAAAGCGGGAUGAUGCCCAGAUCAAAUUAGCUAACUAUCAACAGGAAGUUGCUCGGGGCUACAAUCGGAGCGUAAGGCUUAAGAAGUUUAGAACCGACGACUGGGUCUGGCAGAAGGUUGUCCGAGCCAACCAGAAGACUAAAUUCAAACCAAAUUGGGAAGGACCCUACAGAGUGAUAAGGGAGGUUGGCAAUGGCUCAUACAAGUUAGAAGACAAAGAAGGAAGGAAAAUUGAGAACCCAUGGAACCCUCUAAACCUCAUAAAGGCUUACCUUUGA